AUUAUAUAGCUCAUGUAGAGAAAUUUUCGUAUCUUGCGUUGAGUAUACCAUACGGAAUUUGUACUGCUUAAACCAUUAUGUUAGAAAUCAAUGGAAUAGUUUUGAAUGACGUUACUGCUAACUCUACGAAAGUUUACAACAAACCUUUUGCAAUAUAUUUACCAAUAUAUAUUUUCGUUAUUCUGUUUGCCGUUUUGGGCAAUUGUCUUGUAUGCUGGAUUGUACUCACAAAUCGCCGGAUGCACGAUUCUACAAAUUUUCUCUUGGUAAAUUUAGCGGUAAGCGAUCUACUUAUAGCACUUUCGAGCACAUUUGAAUUUGCUGAUCUUGUUGUGAAAGAUUUACACUUGGGGAAUAUUGGAUGCAAAUUUGAGGUCAAUCUGUUAAACAUUCCUUAUGGUUCUUCAUGCAUCACUGUCACCAUUAUUUCAUUUGAACGAUAUUGUGCCAUUUGUCGACCACUAACCACACUGACGUACUUCAAGGAACGACUCAAAUAUAUUAUUCCUUCGAUUUGGAUUACUGCUGUUGUUGUAUACUUUCCCACAUUGUAUUUUUGUGGAUAUAGACUCCAUAAAAAUGGGAAUGUACUCAGCUGUGAUUGUACUUAUCGUUGGCCAAGUCUCAAAGCGAAGAACAUUUAUGGCAUUGGCAUCGUUGUUAUUUUUUAUGUUGUCCCUUGUAUGGUUGCUUCUUCUCUCUAUUUCACGAUUAUUCGAAGGCUGAGAAAGAUAAUUCCUGGUGCUGGUGGCAAUAAUGCUGCUUUGUAUAGUUCACGCAGAUCAGUGAUUCGAAUGCUUCUUAUAUCUUUGAUCGUUUUCAUUAUUGCCUGGACGCCUUACAAUGUUUUGUAUACACUCAAAAGGCUAGAAAUCAACUUUAGAAGUAUCUACUCAUACGUAUGGUAUCCAUCGCUUCUACUCGCCGGUUUACAUUGUAUGUGCAACCCGAUCAUUUAUUGUCUACUUGGUAACAAGUUUCGUCAGGCAUUCAGGUCUAUACUGUGUUGCUCAUAUUGCUGUCGUGCUCUACGUUUUCGUCAAUAUCAUGACAUUAGUCAGGAUAUCACGGACAAAGAGAUUGCAGGAAGGACUAGCGCAGGACAAACGAAUCAACUGGCAAGCAAUUAAUUGUUGAAAAAGAAAAGAACUUAAUAGAAUUAAUUAUGUUUGGUUAGAUACAUUUGUGUAAGCACUAGUGUUUCUUUAGCAUAAACACAAGAUUUCACAUUAACAUCCCUCCCCAAUUACAUGUGCACGUGCUUGAUUAAAAAUCUUUCCUCAGGAUA